AUGGCUGAAGCUGGGACAGGCUUUCUGGAGCAGCUCAAGUCCUGCAUCGUCUGGUCAUGGACUUACCUCUGGACCCUGUGGUUCUUCAUCAUGCUUUUCCUGGUCUACAUCCUGAGGGUGCCUUUGAAGAUCAAUGACAAUCUAACCACAGUGAGUAUGUUUUUGAACACAUUAACCCCCAAGUUCUAUGUUGCCUUGACAGGCACUUCUUCAUUAAUCUCAGGUCUUAUUUUGAUAUUUGAGUGGUGGUAUUUUCGCAAGUAUGGGACAUCAUUCAUUGAGCAGGUCUCUGUGAGCCACUUGCGCCCUCUGCUGGGUGGGGUGGACAAUAACUCCCCCAACAACUCUAACACAAGCAAUGGGGACUCUGAUUCAAACCGACAGAGUGUUUCAGAAUGCAAAGUGUGGCGAAAUCCAUUAAACCUAUUCAGAGGAGCUGAGUAUAACCGAUAUACGUGGGUGACAGGAAGAGAACCUUUGACCUAUUAUGAUAUGAAUCUUUCAGCGCAGGAUCAUCAAACGUUUUUUACAUGUGACACAGAUCAUUUACGGCCUGCAGAUGCCAUAAUGCAAAAAGCCUGGAGAGAGAGAAACCCGCAAGCCAGAAUUUCUGCAGCACACGAAGCCUUGGAGUUGAACGAAAUCUGGCCACGAAUAUACUACGGAUUGACUUCGCCGUCUCAUGAAUUAUUGCUUUUUGUCAUUGAUCUCAUUGACAGGUGUGCCACUGCUUAUAUUCUCUUGGCUGAAGAGGAAGCAACGACUAUUGUGGAGGCAGAGAAGCUGUUUAAGCAGGCUCUGAAAGCAGGAGAGGGCUGCUACAGGCGUAGCCAGCAGUUACAGCACCAUGGAGCCCAGUAUGAAGCCCAACACAGACGAGAUACUAAUGUGUUAGUAUACAUUAAGCGGAGGCUGGCAAUGUGUGCAAGAAAGCUGGGAAAGACCAGGGAAGCUGUAAAAAUGAUGAGAGAUUUAAUGAAGGAGUUUCCUCUGCUAAGCAUGUUCAACAUCCAUGAAAACCUGCUAGAAGCUCUGUUGGAGUUACAAGCAUAUGCAGAUGUUCAGGCAGUUUUAGCAAAAUAUGAUGAUAUAAGCUUACCAAAAUCAGCAACGAUAUGCUACACAGCAGCACUGCUCAAAGCCAGAGCUGUCUCUGACAAAUUUUCUCCAGAGGCUGCCUCAAGGCGAGGACUGAGUACAGCAGAGAUGAAUGCAGUAGAAGCUAUUCACAGAGCAGUAGAAUUUAAUCCACAUGUGCCAAAAUAUCUACUAGAAAUGAAAAGCUUAAUACUGCCCCCUGAACAUAUUCUGAAGAGAGGGGACAGUGAAGCAAUAGCAUAUGCUUUCUUUCACCUUCAGCACUGGAAAAGGGUAGAGGGGGCACUGAAUCUCUUACACUGUACGUGGGAAGGCACUUUCAGAAUGAUCCCCUAUCCUUUGGAAAAAGGACACCUUUUUUACCCAUAUCCCAUUUGUACAGAAACAGCAGACAGAGAAUUACUUCCAUCAUUUCAUGAAGUUUCAGUUUAUCCCAAGAAAGAGCUUCCUUUCUUUAUACUCUUCACUGCUGGAUUAUGUUCCUUCACAGCCAUGCUAGCCCUCCUGACACAUCAGUUCCCGGAGCUUAUGGGGGUCUUCGCAAAAGCUUUCCUCAGCACUCUCUUCGCCCCUUUAAAUUUUGUGAUGGAAAAAGUAGAAAGUAUCCUUCCCUCCAGUCUGUGGCACCAGCUGACAAGGAUCUGA